AUGGCUCCCCCAGGCUCUAGUGCUCCCCCAGACCGAGAAGCUCCCGACGGAGACGCAGAGCGAGAACGAGAUACACCAAAGCCGGAAGAGAAAGGCGUGCUUGGAAAUAUGACUUCGUGGUUGCAUCGCCAGGCUGGUUCGUCCAAUAAUCAGCUUGCGACAACCGCCGUGCUCUCCGGAGCUGCAGUCGCUGGUGCAAUCUUUGGAUAUCAGGCUUAUAAGCGGAACGAGGCUGUUCAUGACCUCAAGGCUUCUAUUCCGACCCUUGACGAAGCGCACCAUGCGGAGAAGCUUACAGAAUUUGGUAUCGCCGACAAUGGAAUUCCAAUGAGCAAGGAGGAUGAGCGUAGCGCGGCUCUAGCUCGCCGGGCGCAAAAAGGCGACUAUGACGAUGAUCUGAUCUUGGAACAACUAGCCCGGAACCGUGUUUUCCUCACCGACGAUGGACUCGCGAAGCUCCGAUCUUCUUACAUCGUUGUUGUGGGUUGCGGUGGUGUCGGAUCGCAUGCCGCUGCCGCACUGGCUCGCUCAGGCGUGGCUAAGAUCCGUCUCAUCGACUUUGACCAAGUCACACUAUCAUCACUCAACCGCCAUGCGCUGGCCACACUGGCUGAUGUGGGAACAUCGAAGGUACACUGUAUUCGGAGGAGAUUGGAGCAAAUCGCUCCAUGGGUCAUGUUUGACUGCCGCAACGAACUUUUCGGCAAAGAGGCAGCUGAUUCUCUCCUUGGACCUUGGACUCUGACACACGAGGGAGAGGGACGACGACCAGACUACGUGCUCGACUGCAUUGACAAUAUCACGUCGAAGGUCGACUUGCUACACUACUGUCACACCAACUCGCUUCCAGUCAUCUCGUCCAUGGGGGCAGGCUGCAAAUCAGACCCGACUCGUGUCGUUGUUGGCGAUAUAUCAGCCAGCACGGAUGACCCUCUCUCGCGCAGCACUCGCCGCAAACUCAAGGCCAAGGGCGUUAGCUCUGGAAUUCCGACAGUAUUCUCGACCGAGAAGCCCGGUCCUGGAAAGGCUAGUCUACUGCCUCUUCCUGAGGAUGAAUUCGCCAAGGGCAAAGUUGGCGAGCUGGGUGUUCUCCCCGAUUUCCGAGUGCGCAUUCUUCCGGUUCUGGGAACCAUGCCUGCGGUGUUUGGAUACACUGUUGCCAACCAUGUCAUCUGCAGUGUAUCAGGAUACCCGAUCGACUACACUGUGGGCGCGAAGGGCCGGGAGAAGCUGUACGAUGGUAUGCUGGCUUCCUUCCAAGGUGCCAUGGAGAAGCUCAACCGACACAUGGCUGGUGAAGACCCCACCGGUCUCCGCCUGCCAGUAAGCAAGGACGAUAUUGCCUACUUGACGGAAGAAGUGUGGAGGGGAAGAAGUGCCAUCAGUGGCUUAUACAAUCGCCUGGUGCUGAUGCCGUGGGAAGUCCCAGCGCGUGGAUUUGCCGUGGACGCAGCUAUGGCGAAAGAAGGACAAAAGUAUAUUCCCAUAGAGCUCAAGGAUUUGGUUUGCAUGACCAAGGAUGAGGCCACCCGUCACGAACGUGAGGUUUUACGUGAAGGUAAAAAGGUCGAGGAGCUCUAUGAUGAGACAGUGCUGCAAAGGGUGAACCUGCGACGACAGGAGGCAGAUGAGCUAGAGCAGUACCGAUCCAAAUCGCCAUCCCGACUCCUUCCACCACCACGGUCGACAACGCUCCACCAACGGGUUCUCCCGCGUCUCGAAACCCCUGAUCGACUCCCCUACCACCCUCUCACCUCCGCAGACGAAGACAAUCACCCGCGCUGGGUGCAAAUGGGCCUGUCGAUCAUCGCGGCGCCACGAUUCCGCCGAUACGUGAUCAUAUACUUGACACUCUUUCUACUUGGUUGGGCAGGUUGGGGCCUGGUUCUUUCGCCGCAUCUGCAGGACCGCGCGGAGAUGACUCGUGCUCUGGACGUCGAUUCGAAGACGACUGGGUGGUUUGGGACAAAUGCGUUGCCGAGAUUUGAUGAUUUGACUCUCAUUCGGACUCUUGACCCGAAAUUCCUCCCUGGUGGUCCUGUUGAUGUGGAGACUCUUGGUGCGGGGACUCGGAGACGUUUGGUUGUUGUUGGAGAUGUACAUGGGUGCAAAGAUGAAUUGUCUGAGCUUCUAGAGAAAGUCUCUUUCUCCAACGAGGGGGGCGAUCAUCUUAUUUUCACGGGCGAUUUGAUCAACAAGGGGCCCGAUAGUCCCGGUGUUGUGGACAUGGCGCGAGAGUUGUCCGCAUCGUGUGUGCGUGGAAACCACGAAGAUCGAGUUUUGCUUUUGCGGAAGGAAAUGGCGGAUACACAGACUUUCGCGGAAGAGCAAGAUGUGGCCAUCAAUCUUUAUACCGAGAAACAGUUGAAGGAACGCGCUUUGGCUCGCGCUUUGAGCGAUGAACAGGCGGAGUGGUUGGGGACUUGUCCGGUCAUUUUGAAUGUCGGCCAGAUUCCCACUAUGGGCCAGGUUAUUGUUGUUCAUGCUGGUAUUGUUCCGGGUGUUGAGCUUGAGAGGCAAGAUCCGUCUCUUGUGAUGACGAUGCGAACCAUUGAUGUCGAUACACAUGUACCGAGUGAAUCGAGUGAAGGUCUGAAAUGGGCCAAGAUGUUUAAUAAACACCAGUCGAACUUGGAGAAGAGUCUCUCGUCAUCAAGUGAAGACCCCCGUUCCGAGCUCAUGACCGUCAUCUACGGCCACGACGCCAAAACCUCGCUCAAAAUUCGCACAUAUACUAAGGGCCUUGACUCUGGGUGUGUGAAAGGUGGUAAAUUGACCGCGCUUGUCAUCGAAGAUGACGGAACGCAAAACAUCGUCCAGGUCAAAUGCCGUAAUUACUCAAAGGGCUAA